AUGUUACACAGCAAAAGACUAAUAAAUAGCCAAGCACAAGAUAAAGAGAAGGUAAACAAUGGAAUCCUUGUUCAUUUAGUUACAAAAUACAAGGAUCUAAUUGAAAAUAAGAAAACGGACGCAGUAACUACUGCGAUCAAAAAUGAAGGAUGGAAGAAACUAGCGGAAGAAUUUAACUGUUUGAGUUCAUUCUAUGUUCGAAACGUAGAACAAUUAAAAACCUGUUGGGAUAAUAUUAAACGCACUACGCGAAAAGACAAAGCUGCGACGAAAAAAAAUAAUUUAUUAACUGGAGGAGGGAGGUCCGAUAUUCCACCACCAGGACCUCUACAAGGACAAGUGGAAGUGCUACUUGGACCUACAUUAGACGGAUUAGAAAAUCCCUACGAUUCUGAUAUUCAGUUUAUAGAUCAGGGACUAACUGGACCAAAAACUUUAAUAGAAAUGAUUAAUAAAUCAGUAAACUCUCAUUCUGAAAUUUAUUACAAUAUAGAAAUCAUCGCCUCUCAAAAUACAUUAUUUUUAUUUAUUUACCAGGACGUUGUAGUGACUGAUUCAGAAAAACAGACAAUUCUGGAUGUCAAUGCUGCUACUUCUUCAAAAACAUCUCAGGAUUCCACUCAAGAAGAUAAAGGUUGUACAUUGCAGACAAAUGAAAUCAAAGAUGACAAUAUCUGA